UGUGACAGCCCCUCAAACUUCUCUCCGCAUUUGCAACAUAAGCCAUUAACCUACAUGGUACAGAAGUAUCGCUGAACGACGGGGUGGGCGUACGACUGACAGGAGGAACUUUUUUGAAUGAGAUGUCCGAGUUGUCUUUUUUUUUUAAUGUGAUUUACGCAUCUGAAUUUGCCGCUGCCGUGCGCGAGAUGUUUGGAUUUCCUCUCGUAGACGAAGUUUUGUUUGGACUGUUAUGAUCUCCCCAACUGAUAGGAAUCGACUUUUAAAGCUGAAGUUGUGACAAUAGCCAACUGUUAUGCACUAAACGGGAGACGCAAGUUUUGGGAAUUAUCUUCUGGAUGCUGUUUUCUGCACUCGCCUAAGUGAGUGAUGAUUGAUUCGGAUGUGUCAGCACCACCGAGCGCUCAUCCGCGCAGUCCAUCGUCCUGAAGGUCGACAAAGUAAGAAACCACCUGUUGCAAAUGCUUUCAAAAACUUCCCACGGAUAUAACAUGCCUAAUGGAGACUGCUACUCGGGAAAAUACAUACAUAUGGUAGUGUAAAUAAAUGUGGAUUAUGUUGCCAUGGUGGCGAGAGUUAAAAUGAGGAGUCUUGACCAACAGUUGGUGCUCUCAGAAUGGCUCGUGAGGAUUCGGUAAAGUGCUUGCGCUGCCUGCUCUACGCUCUCAAUUUACUCUUCUGGCUGAUGGCCAUCUGUGUGUUGGGCGUGGCGGCCUGGCUCCGAGAUUACCUGAACACUGUGCUCACGCUCACCGCAGACACCAGGCUGGAGGAGGCUGCAGUGUUGACCUAUUCUCCGGUGGUGCAUCCCGUCAUUAUAGCGGCCUGCUGUUUCCUCAUCAUCGUGGCCAUGGUGGGCUACUGCGGCACUCUCAAGUGCGACCUCCUGCUCCUGUCCUGGUAUUUUGGCUGUCUGCUGGUGAUCUUCUGUGUUCAGUUGGCCAGUGGUGUGUGGACAUACGAUGAGCCUGCAGUGCAGAGGGCAGACAUGAUUAGCCUGAAGUCCCGGAUGCCCAACUACGGUCUGCAGCGCUACCAGUGGCUUACACACGCCUGGAAUGCCUUCCAGUCAGAGUUUAAGUGCUGCGGGGUCAUCUACUUCACUGAUUGGCUGGAAAUGACGGAGAUGGAGUGGCCACCUGACUCUUGCUGCUCCAAUCAGUAUCCAGGCUGUGCUCGCCACGCCCACUACCGCGACCUCAGUGACCUCCACCAGGAGGGCUGCGGUCCCAAGAUGUACAGCUUCAUCCGCGGCACUAAGCAGCUGCAGGUGUUGCGUUUCCUGGGCGUGUCGCUGGGCGUGGCCCAGAUCCUGGCCAUGACGCUGACGCUGACCCUGCUCUGGGCGCUCUACUACGACCGCAAGCCCCCCGAACCCCCCGUCGCCAUGCCGACCGACGCCCCACCCGCCCCUGCGGCCGUCCCUGGUGAACCCCACGCGCUCUGUCUGGGGGGGGUGUCGGAGGACGGACCCCCCAAAGCGGCUCACCUGCGCUCACCUCACGAGGCGUGGCCUGGACUCAAUGGACAAACGCAGUUCGAGAUGGAGCAGUUGUCAUAGCGACGAGCCCCGGACUCCACCCCCCCACAGGAAACAGAACGCUUAGCUGGCGCGGAGGGGGAGAGAGAGGCGCCAGACGACCGUCUGACCAUCUGACCCCACAUGGUUAGCACAGGGCAACAGGGAGGAUACAUCAUGCAGACUAAGUAGUGCACACUAUGCAGCCUAGUCAGGGCACACUAUGCAGCCUAGUUAGUGCACACUAUGCAGGCUAGUUAGUGCACACUAUGCAGCCUAGUCAGGGCACACUAUGCAGCCUAGUUAGUGCACACUAUGCAGGCUAGUUAGUGCACACUAUGCAGCCUAGUCAGGGCACACUAUGCAGGCUAGUUAGUGCACACUAUGCAACCUAGUCGGGCCUCACUAUGCAGACUAGUCAGGGCACACUAUGCAGGCUAGUUAGUGCACACUAUGCAACCUAGUCAGGGCUUACUAUGCAGACUAGUCAGAGCUCACUAUGCAGUCUAGUUAGUGCACACUAUGCAGGCUAGUUAGUGUACAUUAUGCAGGCUAGUUAGUGCACAUUAUGCAGGCUAGUUAGUGCACACUAUGCAGCCUAGUUAGUGCAGACUAUGCAGGCUAGUUAGUGCACACUAUGCAGACUAGUUAGUGUACACUAUGCAGACUAGUUAGUGCACACUAAUACAGUAUGCAGACUAUGCAGGCUAGUUAGUGCAGAAAAUGCAAAGUAGUAGUUAGUGUGUACUAUGCAGGCUAAUUAGUGUACACUAUUCAGACUAGUUAGUGCACACAAUGCAAGCUAGUUAGUGCACACUAUGCAGACCAAUUAGUGCACGAGAGAACACUGGGGAUUGAGGACGCACCACUAGAAAAGAAGGGAUAGAGUAAAUGAAAGAAAGCAUGACUGAGAGAGAGGGAUGAUGGGAAUUCCUCUUUUUCAUUCCCCCCCCCCCCCCCCCCCUUUUUCAUGAGUGGCAC